CACGCACAUUUCGGUGACUCUGUGCGUGAGAGAGAAAUCCCCCCUGAACCAGACGCCAUCGCCGGAGACCUUGAUCGUCUUCCGACUUCAGCAGGAAACCCUACCCAGUUCGCCAUGGAUGCCGGGUCGGCUCAGUUCCAACAGCAAGCGCAGGUCGCCGCGAUCAUGGGGACCGACCCGGCGGCGUUCGAAACCCUAAUCUCCCACCUCAUGUCUUCCUCCAACGAGCAGAGAUCGCAGGCCGAGUCCAUCUUCAACCUCCUCAAGCAGAGCGAUCCCAACGCCCUCGUUCUGCGGCUCGCGCACGUCCUCAGCUCGUCCGUCCACGUCGAAGCCCGCGCCAUGGCUGCUAUUCUCCUCCGGAAGCUCCUCACCAGGGACGAUUCGUUUAUCUGGCCGAAUCUAACCCCGUCCACUCAGUCUGGCGUCAAAUCUACGCUCCUAACUUGUGUCCAGAUGGAGGAGGCCAAGACGAUUACCAAGAAGCUUUGCGACACUAUAUCUGAGCUCGCCUCCUCCAUUUUGCCAGAGAAUCAGUGGCCUGAAAUAUUGCCUUUUAUGUUUCAAUGCGUUACCUCAGAUUCUCCCAAGCUGCAGGAGUCUGCUUUUCUGAUCUUCGCUCAGUUGGCGCAGUUCAUUGGCGAGACCCUGGUUCCAUAUAUCAAGGAUUUGCAUUCCGUCUUCCUGCAGACCCUGAAUAAUUCACCACAUUCUGAUGUCAGGAUUGCGGCUUUGAGCGCCGUCAUCAAUUUUAUUCAGUGUUUAACGAGCUCCACUGAAAGGGACCGAUUUCAGGAUCUGUUGCCAUCUAUGAUGAAGACAUUGACCGAGUCUCUGAAUAGUAGUCAGGAGGUAACAGCUCAGGAGGCACUGGAAUUGCUAAUCGAGUUGGCCGGGACUGAACCAAGAUUCUUGAGGAGGCAGCUUGUGGAUGUUGUAGGAUCAAUGCUCCAGAUAGCCGAGGCUGAUAGUUUGGAGGAAGGGACCAGGCAUCUGGCUAUUGAGUUUGUUAUUACUCUGGCAGAGGCAAGGGAGAGGGCCCCUGGGAUGAUGAGAAAACUGCCCCAGUUCAUUAGCAGAUUGUUUGCAAUAUUAUUGAAAAUGUUGCUUGAUAUUGAAGAUGAGCCUGCGUGGCAUUCGGCAGACGCGGAAGAUGAGGAUGCUGGUGAAACCAGUAAUUACAGUGUUGGGCAGGAGUGCUUAGACCGUUUAGCCAUAGCACUAGGUGGAAAUACCAUUGUACCUGUUGCCUCAGAGCAGCUUCCUGCUUACUUAGCUGCUCCAGAAUGGCAGAAACACCACGCAGCCCUCAUUGCACUCGCCCAGAUUGCGGAAGGUUGCUCAAAGGUGAUGGUUAAGAAUUUGGAACAAAUAGUGACUAUGGUUCUGAGUUCAUUUCAAGAUCCUCAUCCACGGGUUAGAUGGGCCGCCAUUAAUGCAAUAGGUCAGUUGUCUACUGACUUGGGACCAGAUCUGCAAAUGCAGUACCAUAGCCGAGUAUUGCCAGCUCUGUCUACAGCUAUGGAUGACUUCCAGAAUCCACGAGUACAGGCACAUGCAGCUUCAGCUGUCCUUAACUUCAGUGAGAACUGCACACCUGAAAUCUUGACGCCCUACUUGGAUGGAAUUGUUAGCAAACUGCUUGUACUCCUGCAGAAUGGCAAGCAAAUGGUGCAAGAAGGAGCAUUAACUGCACUGGCAUCUGUUGCUGAUUCAUCACAGGAGUACUUCCAAAAAUACUAUGAUGCUGUAAUGCCCUACUUGAAGACCAUCCUUGUUAAUGCAAAUGACAAAACCAGCCGCAUGCUCCGGGCCAAAGCCAUGGAGUGCAUUAGCUUGGUUGGGAUGGCUGUUGGGAAAGAAAAGUUUAGAGAUGAUGCUAAGCAGGUCAUGGAAGUGCUUAUGUCAUUACAAGGAGCACAAUUGGACAGUGAUGACCCUACUAUUAGCUAUAUGCUCCAAGCAUGGGCUAGACUAUGCAAGUGCCUGGGACAAGAUUUUCUUCCUUAUAUGAGUGUAGUAAUGCCACCAUUGCUUCAGUCUGCUCAGCUUAAACCUGAUGUGACUAUAACCUCGGCUGAUUCAGACAAUGAAAUUGAAGAAUCAGAUGAUGAAAGCAUGGAGACUAUUACUCUUGGGGAUAAAAGAAUAGGGAUAAAAACAAGUGUUCUUGAGGAAAAGGCUACUGCUUGUAAUAUGCUAUGUUGUUAUGCUGAUGAGUUGAAGGAAGGCUUUUACCCAUGGAUUGAUCAGGUUGCUCCAACGUUGGUACCUCUUCUGAAAUUCUAUUUCCAUGAAGAAGUCAGGAAAGCUGCUGUUUCAGCCAUGCCACAGUUGUUACAUUCGGCAAAGCUAGCCGUUGAAAAGGGACUCGCUCAAGGCCGUAAUGAGACUUAUGUCAAACAACUGUCCGACUAUAUAAUACCCGCUUUGGUUGAAGCUUUGCAUAAGGAACCUGAUACCGAAAUAUGUGCAAACAUGUUGGAUGCAUUGAAUGAAUGUUUGCAGAUCUCUGGACCUCUCCUAGAUGAAGCUCAGGUUCGAAGCAUUGUGGAUGAAAUUAAACAGGUUAUUACCGCCAGUUCAAGUCGGAAAAGAGAACGUGCAGAGAGAGAAAAAGCUGAAGAUUUUGAUGCAGAAGAAAGCGAAUUGCUAAAAGAGGAAAAUGAGCAGGAAGAAGAAGUUUUUGACCAAGUUGGUGAAAUCAUGGGUACAUUGAUAAAGACAUUCAAGGCUUCUUUCUUGCCGUUCUUUGAUGAACUGUCAUCUUAUCUAAUGCCUAUGUGGGGUAAAGACAAAACUGCUGAAGAGAGACGGAUAGCAAUUUGCAUCUUUGAUGAUGUUGCGGAGCAGUGUCGCGAAGCAGCUUUGAAAUACUACGAUACAUAUCUUCCUUUCCUUUUAGAAGCCUGUAACGAUGAGGGUCCAGAUGUCAGACAGGCUGCUGUUUAUGGACUUGGUGUGUGUGCAGAAUUUGGUGGUUCAGUUUUCAAACCCCUUGUUGGAGGGUUUUCUGGUAUGGGGCUGUCAUUUUCAUGCCCACUUGCAGCAUUCAGUGACCCAGAGAAUGGGCUUGAAUCAGUCAUUGUAAAGUCAAUAGACUUUGGGAAAGAUGAGGAGAUCACUGAGUUUAGGUCUGUUAGCUUCAAUGCCCACAACCCAGAACCAUCAAUCCCGAAACCAGUUCGGUCCGGUUCGAUUGGAUACGGCAAUGUGGCGAAGGGGACAGGGGUAAAAGAGUCUUUUACGUGUACCGACAACCCCGAGCACGAGGUGGCGGCAAUAAAGCUGCAAAAAGUGUACAAGAGCUUCAGGACCAGGAGGAAGCUGGCAGACUGUGCAGUCCUGAUCGAGCACAGCUGGUGGAAGCUCUUGGACUUUGCCGAGCUGAAGCACAGCUCGAUCUCGUUUUUCCAUAUGGAAAAACACGAGUCUGCCAGCUCCCGCUGGUCCCGGGCCCGCACCCGGGCUGCCAAGGUAAAGGGUUGUCAAAGAAUGGAAAAGCCCAAAAGCUUGCCUUACAACACUGGCUUGAAGCAGCUAGAUAUAGGCGAGGGGAAGGACGUUAACCUCGUCGAUAAAUGCCCUCGGGGGAAGCUUCAGCAACAGUGCAUUAAAUACCUCGGGCCGAUGGAACGAAAGACGUACGAGGUUGAAGUGAAAGAAGGGAAGCUCAUGUACAAGAACACUAGGGAACUUGUUGACACAGAUGAUUUAAAAGGUGUCAAGUGGAUAUUUGUACUUAGUACUUCCAAAACAUUAUAUAUCGGGAAGAAGACGAAAGGCGCGUUUCAACACUCGAGUUUCUUGGCUGGAGGGGCCACACUGGCCGCGGGGAGGAUAGUUGUCGAGAAUGGAAUCUUGAAGGCUGUUUGGCCACACAGCGGACACUAUCGCCCGACGCCAGAAAAUUUCCAAGAUUUCAUCUCGUUUCUCAAGGAGAACGACAUUGAUCUCACAAACGUUAAGCUCGAAUGCACUGAAGAAGAAGAACAAGAAUCAAGCGGCGAGAAGAGUGGCGUGUACUCCUCAAACAACUCAUCCGAGGAAGACGAUCUUCCUGAAAAUGAGCCAAUAAAAAACGAAAUUCCCGCAACAUUAGAGGGCCCGAAGUUAACUGAACUCGAAAUCUCGGACAAAAGUGAUUUCUUGGAGAGAUUAAAUAGUAAAUCUCCACCGAAUGGGUACGAAUCGACAGGAGAAGAAGAAGAAGAAGAAAAGCGAACAACGGUUCCUGAAGAAUCAAUCCUGCGUAGGAUCAACUCCCAUAAAGGGGCAAAAUCCUACCAGUUAGGAAACCAGCUCUCCUGCAAAUGGAGCAGCGGGGUGGGCCCGAGGAUCGGAUGCGUGAGGGACUAUCCUUCGCAGCUCCAAUCCCAUGCGUUGGGAGAAGUCGCGCUGUCCCCUAAGAGCGCUAACCGGUUAAGGGCAGGUGCCCUUAACCGGGUAGCCUCUUGCAGCUUAUCUCCUAUGGGAAACAGGAAGAAUCUGUCUCACAAACUCAGCUGCCUCUCAAGAAGGCAUUCAUCUCCACUGUCUAAAGAUACACUGAUAAUGACCUCAUAAUUGCUGCUGAAGUUCAUUACUUUUAGUGUGUGAAUGGGAAAAAUGACACUUGAGUCCUCACUUUUUCAUGUAAAGGAAUUCUUUUAUUCUUUUUUUUCUCUGUUCUUUCUGACAUACAUAGUUUUUGUCACUAAUGGCAUAAAAGAUGUAAACUUUU